AUGUCCACAAGCCGAAGUCGUAAUUCAGAUCCUUGCAAACCCCAGGCUUGUGCUAUUCAAGACUGCUUGAAAAGAACUAGUUACAACGAAUCCAAAUGCACAAAGUUGAUCGAUAAGUUAUAUUCGUGCUGCAGUAAAUUCUAUCAGGAAAAUGGAGACGAAGCAAAAACAGUAUGCUGUCCAAUUCCACGACUAUUGAAAUUCAAGAUCGAGCAAAGACAAAAAGAGAAGAUCGAUGCUGAGAUAUGGCAUCACAACCACUGA